AAAGGGCCUCACGAGCGCCAGCCAGUCACCUACCCCGAAGCCGCCGCGACCGAUCGAGCCGAGCGCCCCGCCCCACGCCGCGCCGCGCCGCACCGAAACCCUAGCUCCUUCUCCUCAGCCAUGGCCACCGUCUCGCUCACGCCGCAGGUGGUCUUCUCCACCGAGUCGGGCGGCGCCCUCUCGUCCGCCACCAUCCUCCGCUUCCCGCCAAACUUCGUGCGCCAGCUCAGCACCAAGGCCCGCCGCAACUGCAGCAACAUCGGCGUCGCGCAGAUCGUCGCCGCGGCGUGGUCAGACUGCCCCGCCGGCCGCCCCCACUCCGGCGGCGGCGGCGGCCGCGCCCGCGGCGUGGCCUCCUCCCACGCCGCGGCCGCAUCGGCCGCCGCCGCCGCCGCCUCCGCGGCGGCGGAGGUCAGCGCAAUCCCCAACGCUAAGGUUGCGCAGCCAUCCGCCGUCGUACAGGCCGAGCGUAACCUGCUCGGCUCCGACGCCAGCCUUGCCGUCCACGCGGGCGAGAGGCUGGGAAGAAGGAUCGCCACGGAUGCGAUCACCACGCCAGUAGUGAACACGUCGGCCUACUGGUUCAACAACUCGCAAGAGCUAAUCGAUUUCAAGGAGGGGAGGCAUGCUAGCUUCGAGUACGGGAGGUAUGGGAACCCGACCACGGAGGCAUUGGAGAAGAAGAUGAGUGCACUGGAGAAAGCUGAAUCCACUGUGUUUGUGGCGUCGGGGAUGUAUGCAGCUGUCGCUAUGCUCAGUGCACUUGUCCCAGCUGGUGGGCACAUUGUGACCACCACUGAUUGCUACCGCAAGACAAGAAUUUACAUGGAAAAUGAGCUCCCUAAGAGGGGAGUUUCGGUAUCUCUUUUCUUCACCGAGACUCCUACAAAUCCAUUUCUCAGAUGCAUUGAUGUUGAGCUUGUCGCAAAUAUGUGCCAUAGCAAGGGAGCUCUGCUUUGCAUUGACAGUACUUUUGCCUCCCCUAUCAAUCAGAAGGCACUAACUUUAGGUGCUGACCUAGUUAUUCAUUCUGCAACAAAGUACAUUGCUGGACACAAUGACGUUAUUGGAGGAUGUGUCAGUGGCAGAGAUGAGUUAGUUUCCAAAGUCCGCAUUUAUCACCAUGUAGUUGGUGGCGUUCUGAACCCAAAUGCUGCCUACCUGAUCCUUCGGGGCAUGAAGACACUGCAUCUCCGUGUGCAAUGUCAGAAUAACACUGCUCUGCGGAUGGCCCAAUUUUUAGAGGAACAUCCAAAGAUUGCACGUGUCUACUAUCCUGGUUUGCCGAGUCACCCUGAACAUCACAUUGCCAAGACCCAAAUGACUGGCUUUGGUGGUGUUGUCAGUUUUGAGGUUGCUGGGGAUUUUGAUGGUACAAGGAGAUUCAUUGAUUCUGUUAAGAUACCCUAUCAUGCCCCUUCUUUUGGAGGCUGUGAGAGCAUUAUCGACCAGCCUGCCAUCAUGUCUUACUGGGAUUCGAAGGAGCAGAGGGACAUAUACGGGAUCAAGGACAACCUGAUCAGGUUCAGCAUUGGAGUGGAGGAUUUUGAGGAUCUGAAGAACGAUCUUGUUCAGGCCCUUGAGAAGGUCUAAGCACUUGAUUCGUUCACUUUAAUAUGUAUAUCAGAUCAUGGUUGUCCUGGAUCUUGAGAGAUCUGUGAGAAUAUUUGAGCCGAUGGCUGCCAAUAAAUUUUCUCCUUUUGCUUAAUUUGUUCUCUCAUUCCAAUAAGUUGACCUCUGUACUCUGCAGUCUCGGGUUGUCGCAGGACGCAGUGUU